CCAAUAUUUACCGAACAAAUCAGAACUAUUCAGAAAAUGGCUGAAAAUGAAAAAGUACUGCUGAAAAAAAUAUUCAGAAAGGAAAGCUACGAUUACUCUUUGCCUUCCGAGUCACCAACCAUUGUUUUACCGUUCAUGUUUAUUGACCACAUCGAACAACUUGAUCAAAAACAACAGUUGAUGGAAAUGCAUUGUAGUAUGUUAUUUCACUGGGUCGACAAAAGAAUUGUUUGGGAACCACGAGACUAUGGUAAUGUUGGCAAAAUCGUACGACAGAAAAGUGAUUUACCAAGAAUGUGGAAACUGAGAAGCGAUCAGGCAAUGCAAUAUUUCAAUACCGAAGUAACGCUAAUCAGUAAUGGAGCGGUUUAUGCACAAGUGAUACUAACAAUUCGCUCAACAUGUUCUCUGGAUUUCACUGCAUAUCCAAAUGAUAUUCAGAGUUGUUUGUUAACUAUGUUCACACCGUUACCAUUGUCCAGAUUGAAAUUCUCAAGAUGGACAUCAUUAACUCAAAAAUCGGAUAUAUUCGGCAGUUUAAUGAAUGAAUUGCGAACCAUCCGAUCUGGCGAAUUUGAAGUUACAAAUCUAUCCGCAACACUGCUCUUCAUCCUUCCAUUCGGCAAAAUUACUGCCAACGAAAGCGCAGACCGACCUGAAAUGAUGCGUUCAAUAAUACGUUUUGAAAUAAAAUUUCGCAGAAUCGUGUAUUACUAUUCCGUGACAAUGGCUUUACCACUGUUUUGUUUGGCAACAACAACAUUCAUGGUGGGAACAGUCGUAUCUGCUUCCAGUUCCACUGUAUGGCUUUUGUUAUGUUUUGCAGCGCAAAUACUGAAUUACACUCAGAUGCUGAAUAGGUUACCACCCGAUCAGCAGAAUACUCCCUUCUGUGCAAAAAUGGCUACAAUAAUGUUGGCAGAAACGCUGGCACUGAUCUUUUACCGUGUGGCAAUAAAUUUUAAGUAUAAUCAUUCUGUCAUUGGAAAAGGAAUGAUCCAAUGUUCCAGAAUGCAAAAAAUCGAGAAAACACUCCGAAUUCUACUUAUCCUUCAUACUCUUCUAAACGCUGUUUUGUUAUUUUGUUGAUCUCCUGAAAAAUUACAAAUCCCUAGCUGCCAUGAAGGGACUGGAUGUUUAUUAGCAUAGCUUGUAUUUUG